CGCCCUGCCCGCCCGCCCGGCCAUGGGGUAAAAAAGGGAGCGAGCGAAACGGGCACCGAAACAAUAAAGCGGCUGGUGCUACCGGGCUCCUCCCGCCGCUGACAGCGCCUGGCCGAGUGCGGGGAAAGGAGCGAAGAUGCCGGGGGCCGGCAGGCAUUGACCGACCCACCCCCUAGCAGGAGGAGGAAGCCGAAGUGAAGCAAGGCGGUUGAGAAAGCGCGCGGUGGAUGCGUUACGGGGUUUGGAGCAGCGACGGCAGCAAAGGGAGAGGCGGAGGUCGGCAGGAGCGGAGCAAUGAUCGCGGAGUUGGUGAGCAGCGCCCUGGGGCUCGUCCUGUACCUCAAUACCCUGGGCGCGGAUUUCUGCUACGACGACAGCCGAGCAAUCAAGACAAACCAAGAUCUUCUUCCUGAAACACCUUGGACGCAGUUAUUCUAUAAUGACUUUUGGGGUACUCUUCUGACCCACAGCGGGAGUCAUAAAUCCUACAGACCUCUCUGCACACUCUCUUUUCGCAUUAACUAUGCUAUUGGUGGAAUGGAUCCUUGGAGUUACCAUCUUGUAAAUGUCCUUCUACAUGCAGCAGUCACGGGUCUUUUCACGAAUUUUUCUCGAGUGCUGUUUGGUGAUGGACACUGGACCUUAUUAGCUGGUUUGCUGUUUGCUUCUCAUCCCAUUCACACUGAAGCAGUGGCAGGGAUUGUGGGAAGAGCUGAUAUUGGAGCUUGCCUUUUCUUUCUGCUCUCCCUAGUCUGUUACAUUAAGCACUGCUGUACAAGAAACUACUCGGAAGGAACCUGGGGCUGGAUCUUGGGUGCCGGUCUGUGUGCCACUUGCAGCAUGUUAUGGAAGGAGCAAGGAAUUACCGUGCUGGCGGUGUCAGCGGUUUAUGAUGUAUUUGUAUUUCAUAGGCUAAAAAUGCACCAAAUUGUUCCUGCUGUAUAUAAGAGGAAGAAUUGGCCUCUUCUUUUGAGCAUUGGUUUAUUGAUCUUCUGGGGAGCUUUAUUGCUGGGUCUUCGCUUCUACUGGAUGGGGAACAAACCUCCCAGCUUUUCCAACUCUGACAAUCCAGCAGCUGACUCAGAUAAUUUUUUAACAAGAGCUCUGACUUUUUUUUAUUUGCCAACCAAAAACCUUUGGCUGCUAUUGUGCCCAGACACUCUUAGCUUUGAUUGGUCCAUGGAUGCUGUGCCUCUUCUCAAAACAAUCAAUGACUGGAGGAACCUACACACAGUGGCCUUUUAUGCUGGACUCCUCCUCCUUACUUAUACCAGUUUGAGAAAUUCCAGCAUAGAAAGAGAAGGCAAUGGGAAAAGUAUAACAAAUGGCAGACUUAACGGCAACGGUCACAACUACCUAUCUGAACUGGAAUAUAAAGAGCUGAGGUCCAGUUUUGCAUCUAAAGAAGAAAAUGGCAUUAACAAAGGCUUACCACACAAACCACACAUCCCCUCAACAGAGAAUAUUGUGGUUCUGUCACUGUCUUUAUUAAUUGUUCCUUUUAUUCCUGCCACAAACUUAUUUUUUUAUGUAGGCUUUGUUAUAGCAGAGCGUGUGUUGUAUAUACCUAGUAUGGGCUUCUGCCUCUUGAUCACUGUGGGCACAAGAGCCCUUUAUGUCAAAGUCCAAAAGCGCUUUCUGAAGAACUUGAUUUUUUUGGCUACUGCUGCGUUAAUUUUUCUUUACGGACUGAAGACAUUUGUCAGAAAUGGAGACUGGCAGAAUGAAGAGAUGCUGUAUAAAUCAGGGAUUAAAGUAAAUCCAGCUAAAGCAUGGGGUAACCUUGGAAAUGUUUUGAAGAGCCAGAGUAAGAUUUCUGAAGCUGAAAGCGCCUAUAGAAAUGCCUUGUAUUACCGCAGCAACAUGGCUGAUAUGCUUUAUAAUUUGGGAUUAUUAUUGCAGGAGAACAACAGGUUUUCAGAAGCACUGCAUUAUUAUAAAUUGGCUAUUGGAAGCAGACCUACUUUAGCCUCUGCUUAUUUAAAUACUGGUAUCAUCUUAAUGAAUCAAGGCAAGGCUGAGGAAGCCAAGAAGACAUUUUUGAAGUGUUCAGAGAUUCCUGAUGAAAACUUAAAAGAUCCUCAUGCUCAUAAGAGUUCUGUUACCAGCUGCCUUUAUAACCUGGGGAAACUUUACCAUGAACAAGGACAGUAUGAGGAUGCCCUUAUAGUUUACAAAGAGGCGAUACAGAAAAUGCCAAGACAGUUUGCACCGCAGAGUUUAUAUAAUAUGAUGGGGUCGCAAAAGAGAUGCAGAAAAAUAUUUCUUGAAGGCAAUUCAAUUGGAUCCUAUGAAGGGAAACUGUUAUAUGCAUUAUGGCCAGUUUCUGUUAGAAGACUCUCGAUUGAUGGAAGCAGCAGAGAUGGCCAAGAAAGCAGCUGAGUUGGAUAAUACAGAGUUUGAUGUUGUGUUCAAUGCGGCUCAUAUGCUUAGACAAGCUAGUCUCAAUGAAGCAGCUGAAAAAUAUUACAAAAUGGCAGCUGAGCUAAGACCUAAUUACCCAGCUGCCUUAAUGAAUUUGGGAGCUAUUCUUCAUCUCAAUGGCAAACUUUUGGAGGCUGAAUCAAACUAUCUUCAUGCCCUUCAGAUUAAACCGGAUGAUGUCAUCACACAAUCAAAUCUUCGCAAACUCUGGAAUAUUAUGGAAAAACAAGGCUUAAGAACAACCAAAACAUAAUGCAGGGUUUUUAAAAAGUGUUAGUGAUGUUUUUUUGGUUUUUUUUUGCAAAGAGUUUAGAAAAAAAAUAAAAAUCCAAAAUAAUUUUUGGAGCACUCUUCUGUUGAGUGCUCUUGCUAACUAAGCUGUAAUUGUCAAAGGUUGUAAUUGCUGCUAGGAUAACCUACAGGGCUGCAUUUUGAUGUUUCAAAUUGAAAAUUAGUAAGGGGGUAAAAUCUUUUUGAUAAGUUUCAUGAAGGACUUAAUAAUUAUUGCCAAAAUCCAGAAAAAUUAAAAAAAAAACUGAAACUGGAGCACCGGAAAGGGAUCCACUUUAGCAUAUUCACUAGGGCAUAUUAGUCAUUCUCACUUUGGUCAUUUUUAUGUGGUUUCUGAUAGAAAAGUCAUGUUGGCCUACUGAGCAUCCUUCCACUCAAACUAAGAAUUUAGAAGAGGAUAAAGACUGGCUUACAUUUAUUUUCUUAGGCUGUAAUUCAUUAAAUGUACACUAAAACUAAAUGUGUUUGCUAUUUGUCUUGAUAUUGUAUAACUCCACAGAUCUGCCUAUUGAGCUAAUUUACAUACUAGCUCAACUAUUUGGGGGGGGGGAUGAAAGAUGUGGUUUCAUGUCUAAUCUUCACUGGCAAAAGCAUAUUGGUAACUUGUUUGGUUGGCUGGCUGGCUGAUUCUCUGAAAGUAUAGAAACAAGGAAAAAUGAAGGUGACUUGGAAUGUAGAAUUAACCAUACACAAUAGUACUGAAUGAAGUAAAUUAAGGCAAGCUCUCUGUCAUCUUGUAAUGUACUAAGCUCCAGAGCCUGAAUAGUCAAUUCCUUUUAAAAGUACAGCAGGUUGCUGAACCUAUACUGUACAGUAAAUGCUUUGCCCUGGUUGAAAACAGGAGUGAUCUGUACUUUAAAACAGAAGCUAUGCACUGGGUAGGAAAACUGAAUCUUGCUCACGAUUUCAACUUUAUUAUGCUUUGUUACUUUAACCAGCUUGCCUUACUUCCAAUAUCAGAUCAGUGUUAAACUGGAGAGCCAUGUCCAUAAUAAUGAAAUAUAAAGUAUGGAUUUAGGUUUAUUCUUAUCAACAAUAUGUAUUUUAUUUUUUAAAAAAUCCAUUGGUUCACAGGCAUUUUAAAUAUGAACUGGAUAGACAUAUGAAGAAGAAACAUGAAUUUUUCCUGCCUUUUAGUAUGUUGAAAGCAAAGGAGAGAACAGUGUAGGUGAACAUGUUACUAACAUUGUUUUUGAAAAUAUGCAAACACUUGUAGCAUGAUUGCAUCUGUACAUGCUGUAGAUUGCACCUGUGGCUUGAUUACAUGAUGCAUUGUGCAUCAAGCACACACAAAGCAAACUACUAUCUCCAUUAAACUGAUACCCAGGUUGCCAGUUUGUGUAAAUAUACUUUCAAAGUAUGUUGUCAUUGGAUUAACAACAAAUUUGUAGGCAUGCAUUUGGUGAAUGCAUUUUUGAAAUGUUAGCAGCAGGAUUUACCAGCUGUUUGUGAAAAAUAUUGUGCUAUCUGCAAGAAACUAAAAGAGUUUAAUAUUUUAAAUAAAUAUUUAGUGAAUCCACAAGGUGUUAGACUAAAAGGAAUUAUGUGACUGACAAUAGCUGCCAAUUAUUUUUGCAUUUAUUUAACUAUUUAUAGAUGAAGAGAAAAAUGCGGUCAGAUUCUAACCCAAUUCUGCAUUAUUUUCUUUGGUUUAAUAUUUCAACUUAUUUAGCCUAAUGUUAUGAUUUGCAUAAAAGCAUCAUUUAAAAAUUAGACCAUUUACCAAUUCCCUUUAUUAUUAACUAGGCAAAUUACACUAUAAUUUCAAAAUGGCAUAUAUACCCAUCAGUCAUUUUUAUAUCAGUUUGACUGGCACCAAAGAGCUACUGUAGACAUAUCCAAGGGCUUGCUAUGGCUGGCUUAAUUUUUCAUCUAGGAAACACAUAGCCAAUUCUAAAUUCAUACUUAAAGCCACUUUGAAUUAAAAUGGGAAUCAUGGGUGGUGGUUUCAGAAAUAAGAGAGCUAGUUAUGUGAUCCUUUGCAUCCUGGCACUAUAUCCUGCAACAUCCAUAGAUUGAAGGUUAGAUGUCUCUUAAGAAUCCUCCCUAUGUUAAAAAAAAGUGUUUGUAUUGAAUAUCAUUCCAGUGUUGCUACUUUGGAAUUGAUGCAUUAUUGAAGGUUUUUAUUUGCCAACUGUAGCAAAUAGUUAUUAGCUAGGAUUCCACAACUGUUGCUAGUCUUCUGGUUGCUUUUCAUGGUGUGCUUUUAAAUGUGUAAAGAAUGUAUUGGUGUUUAGAAAGAAACAGGAACACAUUUAUUCUGUGCAUUUUAGUCACCCCAGUUUUCUAUGUCAACUUAUUAGGGAACAAUGGGCUAUUUUCUCAGCAUAAUUUAUGAUACUCUGAGUUUUCUUGAUUUUCCAGUAGGAGUACCAUUGUUAGAAACAUUUCAUUAUUAGGCACCACCUUCUAAUUUCUGUUUUCUUACAUUGGCCUAUUUUAUUUUAGAGCUUUGUGCAGAUGAGUGACCUUUCUAUUUUUUCUUUCCAGUUGCAGUUCCACAAACUGUUUUAUGGGAUAGAAAAACUAAAAUAUUAACCAGUGAAAUUCAAUAUUUUUACUGUUAUGCAUUCAGAUAUGGAUAAAAUGCAAUGUUAGCUACUGUCUAUUUAACUGAACAAUGUACUGUUGCAUCAUUUUCUCAAAACUGUAAAACCAAAUGCUGUAUUAAUGAUGAAGAUUGAAUUUUUAGCAUCAUCCUAUGCAUGUAUACUCAAGAAUAAAUCCAAUUAAAUUCAGAGGGUCGAACCCCAUGGAAUUGUGUAUAGGAUAGCAAUUUAACUGUAUUAGCAUGACAUUCUGAAAUGUUAAACUUCAGCAUCAGAUGCAAGGUCAACUUCCUAGUUGUAACAUUUCACUUUUCAUUAUACCAUCUCCCUUUUUAUGUUCUUUAUUCUUAAUGACAUUUCUUAUACACUAGAUUUCCAUGAAGUUGUACAGGAGUUUUGCUUGUCUCAAAUUGAACAAUGACAAACUGUUAAAAUAAAAUCAUGUUUUUCCAUGCAUUUUCAGUAUAGGGUUAGGCUUUAUAUCUCUCAAUUUUCAAAUAAGUUUAAAAUUGUUGUCUCUGCUCAGGGAUUUGUGGUGGAUAUUGCAGACAGUGCUUAAAAAUAAAAGCACAAAUUUACUAAAUUAAAUUUUUAUUUUUUGAGAAAGCAUAUUUGUAUAAAUUAUCAAGAUUUGUAGGGUUUCCUUUUUGUAGAAAUAAUUGUUUAUGUGCCAGAUAAGAAAAUCCACUUUGUUUUCAGUAAUAAAUGAUUGAU